GGAGCAGCAGACUCCCCGCAGGGAUCCCCAGGGUUACACAGACUGCUGUUUAGAUGGCUUAUAGAAAGGAGUAACUUGGUGAACGGUGCUUCGAACAGUCUGUGAUCAUUCUCCAAGUGUCUCGGGGCACUAAUUACGAUACAAUGGAACAAGAAUUUGAGGACAUUGAUUCGUCCGGGAGAUGGCAAAACCUUUACAAUGAGAUCCGUAACCAAGCCAGUGAAUAUCCCUACAAAGUGGCAAAACUUCCAGCGAAUCGGAAUUUGAAUCGCUACAGAGAUGUCAGCCCCUAUGAUCAUAGUCGGGUAAAACUUGAAAACUCUGAAAAUGACUACAUCAAUGCGAGCUUAGUCAUGGUGGAAGAAGCCCAACGAGCUUACAUUCUCUCUCAGGGGCCUUUGAGGAAUACCUGUGGUCAUUUCUGGCUGAUGAUUUGGGAGCAGUGUUCCAAAGCUGUUAUAAUGCUCAACAGAGUCAUUGAAAAGGGAUCCGAAAAGUGUGCCCAGUACUGGCCCACCACGGAGGAACUACAGAUGUCUUUCACAGAUACAGGGUUUGUUGUCAGGCUACUUUCUGAGGAGGACCAAUCCUAUUACACCAUCCGAGUCCUGGAACUGCAAAACACAGUGACGAGGGAGUCGAGGGAGAUCUACCACUUUCAUUACACCACGUGGCCUGACUUUGGUGUCCCAGAAUCUCCGGCCUCCUUCCUCAACUUCCUGUUCAAGGUUCGGGAGUCCGGGUCCUUGGGCCCGGAGCACGGGCCCUCAGUGGUGCACUGCAGCGCUGGGAUCGGACGCUCGGGGACGUUCGCCUUGGUGGACACCUGCCUGGUCCUGAUGGACAGGAGGAAGAACCCAUCAUCAGUGGACAUACAGAAGGUGCUACUGGACAUGAGGGAGUACCGCAUGGGUCUGAUCCAGACACCGGACCAGCUCCGCUUCUCCUAUAUGGCCGUCAUUGAGGGAGCUAAGCUCAUCCUGACAGACAACUCAGCAGCACAGUUGCAGAACAAGCAGAGAGUGAUGUCGAGAGAUGACUUGGAGCCAGAUCUGCCGCCUCCACCACCUCCGCCCAGACCUCACCUCAACGACAGCAGGCCCAACGGUCAGCUAGGACCCUGCCUGGAGCCACAGGCCGCCUCAGGAGACCACCUGCCGGCAGGAGAGCCAGACAACCAAGACCACAACAUGGCAGAGAACUCUGGGCAUUUCAGAAAGCGACACCGUGAGGAGAGGAUCGCCAGCACCUCACAGAAGGUCCAGCAGAUGAAACAGAGACUGACCGACUCAGAGAGGAAACGAGAGAAGUGGCUGUACUGGAGACCCAUUCUGCUCAAUGUGGGUGCCGGGGCAGCUUUGGCUGUGGGCCUGCUGGUGUGCUGGAUGUACUCCCAGUGAAACACUCUGGGUCACUUAAAACUGACUCCUAUUUUGCACCAGUACCUGGGGUUAGGUACUCUUCUGAGUAGAUUUAGGUGGUAAUAUGUGCAUAACUGAGGGUAUUUAUUUCUUAAGGUCAAAAUGCGGGAGUGCUAGAUCAAAUGAUUGUGUGUAUAUUUUUCAUGUAAGAUCUUAACAAAAAUAGUAACAUCUCAGGAUCUUGGUGCCAGCACGAUGAUUUAAUUUCCUUUCCUUCUUGUCACUGUUGAUGAAUGUACUGUAUCAUAGCAAAUUGCUUUGAAAAAACUUACUAAAGGUGCAGUACAGAGCAAAAAAAAAAAAAAAAAAUCUGAGUGGCCAGAUGUGUGUUGCUCAUCUGUGGACACAUUUUACAUUUCAAAAUGUCCUGUGUUGUGUAGGAAGACUCCAGAGCCUAUAGGUCAGCCGUGGCAUUUUUUUAUUUGUUUGGUUUUCUGCAAUGAAAUUUGCAUUUCAUGCAUGCAUUUAGAAGUUUUCCAGAACACCACUUGUUCUUCCGUUCACAUUUAGCAGGGCAUCCCAACACGGCCAGAUAUAUAUUUUUGUGUGACUGGACACUUCAUAGGGAGCUGCCUUGCUGAUGUUUCAAACUCUGCUAGAAUGUUAACCUUUUUAUUUUCUGUUUUAUGAGCACAUUUUUUCAUGUUUCAUUUGUCACAUGGAUCAUGCAAGCUGUCGGUUCCCUAAUCGCUUCGUAGGUGUAUUUACCCACUGGAUGGGUUCAUGUGUGUGUUUUCCAGUUAUCCCACUGUUGAGGAAACCAAAGCAAAACUGUCAGUUGUUGGAAGGUAACAGCCAGACAAGCUGUCCAGUGAUGAAACCCUGUCCUCCCAUUCUGUGGAAUGUAUUUUCUGUAUCUGACAUAGCUGACACCAUUACAAAGUGAUAGUCGUAGUAGCUUUGCAUUUUGAACCCAUAGUAUCAUUAAAUUGGUUUUCAAUUGACUGGGACCAAUCUAAAGCUAUAAUAGUGCAAUAUAGCAGUUGGAGAAGAGCACCUUUAAAUUAUAGUCCAGUUAGAAGAGAGUGGUAACAUACACAUGUCUUUACCUGUUUGUUUGCUGGUUGAGAUAGCUUUUAAUGUGCCUUUAAGUGAAUUGAAUGGAGAAAAAAAAAGUGUGCUCCAAGGUUUCCUAGCAUGAUCAGGACAGACAAAGGUUUAUGUGAGCUUUUUUUUCCACCAUACCAUGAGUAACAUGUUAGCAAUGAAAUGACUGGUUUGUAGUAACUGGAGGUGUGAUACGAUAAAGUGUAUCAAGAAUUGAUUGCAUGCCAAAUGUCUUUAGCAUACGCCGACUCCUGAGAUGAAGUGAUGUGUUGCUGAUUGGCUAGUUACCACUGUUGGACUUGGCUUUUGCUCACUUCUCGUUUAACCCAGAAGAGAUACGUUUGACCAUAACAUUCCAUUCAUUCUUGUUUUCCACAUAAGAUUUCAGGGGAGUUUUGUACGCUGCUGAGUAGCAGCGAGAAAAUGACUGAUGGUGUUUUGAAAAAAGCAACCAAAACACAAAAUACUUCUUAAAAUAAAACAUUCAUCU